UAUGAAGAUAACGAGCCGGCACUGGUGGGCGAUAUCACACCACGUCUGACGUUGCCUUAACGUCACAGCGGGCAGUGAAAAGUGAAAGUCCGUUACUUUCGCAAACAAAAGAAAAACUUAUCGCCACGUGUAGCGAUGACCUUUUAACUGUUUUCAAACUUCCCCCCAUUUCCUACCAUUUGAAAUUGUAGAUGGCGCAAUUUCGUGCAAAACCACAACCACGCACGUUGUGCACUUGAAAUUGUUGCUUUUGCGACUUAUUUCGCAGAAAAUCCUCCGAAGCGGAAAUGAGCAAAAACGCAACGGGACUAACGCACGAAUGUGGCGUUUUUGGCGCCAUAGGAACCGAAUUUUGGCCCGAGAAUGUGGACAUCUCACAGAUAAUCAUGAUCGGCUUGGAGGCGUUACAGCACAGGGGGCAGGAGUCGUCGGGCAUCGUGACGACGAACGGCACAAGCUUUCACACGCAAAAGGGGAUGGGGCUGGUACGGAACGUUUUCAACUCGGAAAACAUGAAGAAGUUGCAGGGGAGCAUGGGAAUUGGUCACACGCGGUACUCGACGAGUUGUGCUUCCGACCAGGUCAACUGUCAGCCGUUUUUCGUUCACUCCAUUCACGGGUCGUUGGCAGUAGCGCAUAACGGCGAGCUUGUCAAUAAGGACGGUUUACGUAAAAUGGUACUCGGAAGAGGAGUAGGCCUCUCGACCCAUUCCGACAGCGAACUGAUAACGCAAGCUCUAUGUCUAAAUCCACCCGAGGGCGAGAUAAACGGUCCCAACUGGCCCGGACGCAUCAAGCACCUCAUGCAGCUCUCCCCUCUGAGCUACUCGAUCGUCAUCAUGCUCAAGGACCGCAUUUACGUCGUAAGGGACCCUUACGGCAACCGACCCUUGUGUCUUGGAAAAAUUUUGCCCAUUAGCGAUCGAGUGAACGGCUUCAACGACACGCAGGCGGAAGGUUGGGCCGUAGCGUCGGAAUCGUGCGCGUUCCUCACCCACAUUCGCUACGUGCGCGAGGUCUACCCGGGCGAGAUCAUCGAAAUGACGAGGGCCGGCAUCAAGACGAUCGACAUUAUCGACCGGCCCGAAGGUAAGGCGCCCGCGUUCUGCAUCUUCGAGUACGUGUAUUUCGCGCGACCGAACAGCAUAUUCGAGGGCCAGGAGGUGUACAGCGUGCGAGCGCAGUGCGGUCGCCAGCUGGCGAUCGAGAACCCAGUCGACGCCGACAUCGUCGGGUCGGUGCCGGAGUCCGGGAAUGCGGCCGCCCACGGAUUCGCCAAACAGUCCAACAUACCUUUCGGGGAGUUACUUACAAAAAACACGUACGUCGGUCGAAGUUUCAUACAGCCCACGACCCGUCUGCGACAGUUGAACGUCUCCUUGAAAUUCAGUCCAAUCGGCGUGAACGUGGCCGGUAAACGUCUGAUACUCAUCGACGACUCGAUCGUCCGAGGAAACACGAUCGGCCCGAUCAUUAAGCUACUGCGCAAGGCGGGCGCGACCGAGGUGCACAUCCGAGUCGCCAGCCCCCCGCUUCAGCACCCAUGCUAUAUGGGCAUAAACAUUCCGACGAAGGAGGAGUUGAUCGCCAACUCGCUGGACUCGACCGAUCUCGCGUCGCACGUCGGGGCGGACAGCUUGGAGUACUUAAGCGUCGACGGUUUGGUAAAGGCCGUCCAGCGAAACGCCAAAAUGGAAAAUAACAAAAUCGGUCACUGUACCGCCUGCUUGACCGGGGAGUACCCGGACGGUAUAUCGUCCAAGGAAGACUGGUGAGGAGGUGCCUUAGAUUACGAAUCGUCAGUAUUUUUUGAUAGUGCGUAAGUAAACGACAGUAUUUUUUACGUGUAGUUGAACUACAUUUUUCACAGUUGAGAGUAAAAUGUUUUAUAAAACCUGAAA